GUUGAUUUUAUAACCACUAUGGAACUACGUUUCCCAUGUAUCUGGGAAUUCUGUCGAAUCUGCGGUCUGUCAAACACGGAAGGUCACGCUCAUGUAGAGAUGCGAUGCGAUGCGAUGCAUUGCAGUGAGAGGUGUGUGGAAAUACAAUCGUAUUUCUCCAAAUGGUGAGUCUUAGAUUAGUCAACCUUCAACUACUCUUUGGUCGUUUCUUAUAGUGACCGCAAUGUUUCCUACAUUUUGAAUAGCGACAAUAUCCGGCAUUCAUAAUUCCUGCUAGCUAACGUUAAUGCAAGUUUUGAACCCCACUUGAAUUGGGAAAACCUGUUUGUUAAUAACUCUCUGUCACUGACACGAUGCUGAGGAAUCUUGUGAGAUUGCACAGUCGUGUGGGGCAUGCCCUUUCUCCCCCCAUUGUCUGCCCAAGAAGUCAAGCUCUCAAGCUGCCGCUCCCUCUACUCUCUGUGAACUCAAAAUAUUACUCCAUUAUCACAGAAAGAAAGAAAUUCUACGAGGAUGUCAGCAUAUCCCACGGAGAGGCAGGUGGCAUGUUUGAGAUCAACCUGGACCAACGGAAACUGAAGACACCAGGAGGAAAGCUGUUCACAGCCCCCAACGAAGCCUUAGCCGUUGCCGUGGCGAAUGAGUGGGAUACUCAGAAAGACACGCUCAAGUUCUACAGCAUGCAUAUGACCACUCUCUGCAACACAGCCCUCGAUAACCCUACAUUCCGCAGCAAGGACCAAAUAAUCACUGCUGCCCUCAAGUAUCUGGAGACUGACACAAUUUGUUACAGAGUUGAGGAGCCUCCAUCUUUAGUGGAGCUUCAGAAUAAUGAAUGGGACCCUGUGCUGAAAUGGAUUGAAGAGGGGUACAACGUAGUCAUUGGCUCUUCUACCAAUAUACUGGGGCCAGAGAUCCCACAGGCAACAAUGAAUACUUUUCGCCAGCACCUGGGUUCCUAUAACUUCUGGUCCCUGACAGGACUGGAGUAUGUGAUCACCCAGCUGAAGUCUGUGGUGCUGGCAUUUGCAUUGAUUGACAAACACAUUACAGUGGAGCAGGCUGUGCUGCUGUCAAGACUAGAGGAGGAGUUCCAGAUCGGGCAUUGGGGAAAUGUAGAGUGGGCUCAUGAUGUUGACCUGUAUGAGCUGAGAGCACGUACAGCAGCAGGGGCUCUGUUUGUACAUUUCUCCUCUGAGAGUUCAACGGUCAAACGCAAACUCAUGCAAGACUAAGGAGGCGCUUCCCUGAGUCAAACAUACAAGCUCAGACAGCACUCUAAGAGCAAAGACAACAAAGGCGGUGUACUGGCCUCUGACUGGGAAGAAAUCCCAACUCAUUAGGACUUGAAUUUAUCUCUGGCGUUGUCCUUGGUGGAACAAAAACACAUAUUUUAUCUACCCAGGUCCGUGACAUAAUCUGCAGUUUAUAAAACGUCCUGUGAUGAUUAAUUUCAGUAAAGAGGAACUGUCUCCUCUGCCACUCCUUCCCUGUAAAGUACAGCCAAGUAUGAUGAUCAUCUCUUCUACAUGUGUUUUGAAUCACUAACCAGGUUUCCAUCCAACCUUUUUAUGGGAGUAAAGUACACCUGGGACAAAACUAUCAUGGCAGGUUUGAUGGAAACAGAACAUUUGUCUGCAAACUUUACAAAUGUCGACAAAACACAAUAUGAUAGACAAGUUGGGAUCUUUUUGUAUCUGUCAAAUUAAUUACAUGAGAAACGUUGGUGGAAAUUACUUUAAGUAUUGAUAUAUUAACCAUCAUAUCGAUGUAAAUUUGGGAACCACUCUAUUGGGCUACGGAUUAAAUAAGGUGAUUAUCUCAAUUGAUGCCCCUUUCCAAUUAAUAUAGAGGGUUUUAUUCUGGUGACAUGAUCAUCGAUGCUUGGCUGCUGUUUGACACAAAAUAAUCUCGUCAUGUACAAUGGCCUAUCCGCACGUGCUGUUUGCUAGAGCGCACGUGCCAAUACCAGAGUGGGCACACUCGCUAUAAACGCACAUUGUUUUGUGAGAGAACUAUCAGUAGAGUUGAAAAUUCGAUUGAAACCAAUUUAACUUGUUUUUGUUAUUCGGUACAUGGGAAUUUAACGCAACGGGUAGGUGCGUUAUGUCAUCACGCAUCUACGUCAUUGAUGGAACCAUAUCUCUGGGUGGGAAAAUGCGUAUUUUGUUCUUAUGCAGAUUUUUGAAUAUUCGUAUGAAAAUCUGUUCCCAAUUGGAUGAAAACCUAGCUAGGUACCUCAGUCAUCAGUGACUUUUUGGAACGUCGGAUGUUUUUAUGGAAACGGUAAGUGUUACCCUCUGUCUGUUUCUGCCCAGACGUCUCACCCACUCCCACUGUAUUUAUUAUGUGGUGACUAGCUUGUACAAAGUUUACUAUUUUGCUUCAGUAGAAAUUGAACAAAUAUAUCAAUGGGUCAAACUGACUCAAUUAUGUUUGUUACAUGCACAGCAGGGACAUAUAUACCAGCUUUUUUGUCUAACAACUUUGCAUCAAACCCUAAAUGCAUUAGAAUAAAAAUGACAUGGGGAAA